AUGCCUGCCAAUGCUACCCGUCCUCGAAAGAACACGCAGCAUCUGCCCAACACGAGCAAUCUCAUUGACUCUGUAGACCCCUCGUCGUCAGAUAUGAUCAAGAUGCUCACUGCGCUCGAAUCGGCCAAGUACAAGAAGGAAAGCCAGCCCCGACGUUCGCACAUUAUUACGAUGACACGCUCGGACAGGCUCAGAAACGUCUUGAUCAAAUCGGAGCAGACGCAACUGCGCUUGUUAGACAGAGUCAAAGCCGCCUCGCAGAGCUUCAAGCUGCCCACGGUGACGUGGUACAGUGCAAAGGUCAAGGCAGACUAUCAGCGUGAAGACAGAAGACUUGCCCUGCAGCUCCAUCGAAUCGAGCGUGAGCUCGUAGACGCCGGUGCCCUAGUUCCAAUGCUCGAAGACGCGGCCAAAGUCAUCGCCGCUAGUGCGGCUUCACUCAGCACAGACACCCCCUCGCAGCUAUGCCACGAGCUCAAAGGCCAUCUGCACCGUAUUGCUCAGAAGUUUCAUGUUCAUCAAGCAGCAGAACCCGCUGAUCAACAGUAG